UAGAUAGAUAGAUAGAUAGAUAGAUAGAUAGGUGUGUGUGUGGAUUUGUGUUUAUGCAUUGCUGUUAUUAUUCGGUGAAAGUGAGUGAGAGAGAUUGAGGAAGAAAGAGAGAGUGACGGACAGACAGAGAGAAAGAAAAGAAAAGAAAGAGUGAAAGAGAGUGACAGUGCACGAGUGUGGCGAGUGGUGAGUUGAGUAUGGCAAGCGGAGGGAGAGUGGAGAGUGGAUUUUGUCAUUAGUCCGGACACUCGAAUACGCCACGGAGAGGGAGAAACAGCGGUCUCCCUUUACAAACGGCCGGUGGUGGACAUCAACAAACGAUGCCACAGCGGCGGAACACGGCGGCAGUGACCGUCAAAGAGGAGGAACUCAAGGGUUACCUUCACAACAUCGCAGACUUCAGGCGGGGCAGAAUUAUCAGGAAAGGCCGGGAGGUGAAGAACGACAUUGUCUACGUGGAGAAAGGCAGCGACGGCUUCCUGUCGGACCGCGUUCGAAUCCGUCCAACGGCGGUCACAGCCGCCACCACCACCACCAACAACAAUAACACCAACACCACCACCACCGCUACCGCUACCGCCUCCGCCGCCUCCUACAAUAAUAAUAGCAGCAACGUUGGUGAUAAUGGUAGUGGUGUCCAGCCGUGGGCCCACUUGCAGAAACUAGGUCGGCGCAUCUGGGUGGCUAAAGAAAUCCUCAUGUGUAGCGGUCAAAUGAACUGUGAAAGGGAGUGCGGUGGCAUGGGGCGGUGCAGGGACGAUUGCCUAAAGAAAGAUGAAAAACGAGCAAAGAGCGGCCAUCGAUGUUCAUUCCGUGUCAACAUGCGGAUGUAUCUCCACAACAUUGGUAACUGGGAGGUUGACGUGACUGGGAGGCAUGUACCCCCAAAUAUCAAUUGGGUCCCGCCCAAAAAGAACCUUGUCAACAGGGUUAAGACGAACACAACGAGAAAGAACGACAGGCCAUCCCAGUGCGACACCAUUGCAUCUUCUAAAACCAUCGACCACAUUGGUGGGUUUGCUGACAGAGACAAAAGUUACGUUGAUAAAAAAUCCUCGAACUGCAUUGGCUGGACUUAUCCCACUAACAACAACAGCAACAACAAUAAUUAUAAUAAUCAUGCUUUUCCAUCCUUAUAUGGUACUGCAUCAAUUAUUGCAGUCCCUAAUCUGAACCAACUCCACCAAGUUGAGGACCAGGCUUUGGAUCUCACACAGAACCAUAGAAACUUAAAUUUUAUGCCUGACAAUGGAUCUACCAAAGAAUCUCUUCUCUCUACUGGCAAAUUCCUUAGUAAUAAACAAUUUCCUGUCACUGUAAUUCCAAAAGUUGAACAGACAGAAUUGUCAAACGAAGGUCAUUCAGAGAAAAAAACGAACGAAAUUCUUUCUUUUGUGAAAGAUGCUGUUAAACUUUCCAAAGACAAUAUGGAAGCGUUUGUGAUCGUUUCAACAGCACCAAACCAGUUUUCAUUCUGGGGUACUUCACAAUUCAUUAAUAAAUUCAAAUCUUCCGAGCCUUUAGUUCCAUACCACCCAGUAAAGUGCCGUGACUUUCUGGAACCUGACCAAAGUUUGUUGACUACAACACCAACGACCACUACAAUGAAAGCGAUGACAACAAUGGGAGAAACUGUAUCAAAUAAAAUGAACCAAUCACAUUUGAUAAGAAGUGAACAUGAAAGAAAAAAGGAGCAGCAACUCUCAGGUAAAAAGCAAAACUGCUUAAAGAUUCCUUCGCCAUAUUCUUUCAAACAUUCAGCACUCUUCCUGACAAAUUUACUGCACAAACGGAAUGCAACAAGUGCAGGUGCUGUCGUGCAAGUACCGGGUUUUAACGUGUCAAAGAAUUCAAAUAAACACAAAACGAAAGCCUUCAAAAGGAAGUCGUCCACCCAAGACAUGAACAUCGAUGACAGCCAAGAAAAGGUCACGUCUAAAUGGAACGGGGAUGAGUUUCACGACAGUCGGGAUGUUGACAGCGAGGAGGGUGACGAAGAAGAGGCGCCAAAGGAGAAUGUUGUCAUUACUCUCAUGCAAAAAGAGCGCAGCCAGGCACUUCUGCGGAUUUUAAAGUCAAGGAGGAACAAGGCAGGGAAGAAUUUCAAAUUUGGUGCAAAUGUGCAAAAUGGGUUGACUAGAGAUGUAAAUCCUAGUAAAAUUAAAAAUACAUCUCUUGUUGACUAAACACUGCAUGGCCACAUGUUGCCAUCUGCAGUGAUAUCCAAUGUGUGUGUAUAUAAGUUAGAGGUGUUUAACCCUUUUGAUACCAACCCGCCUGAAACCGGCUCUGCCUCUGAGUACAAAUGUCUUGUUUUCAAAAGUUUUGAAUUAAAAUUUUCCACCAAACCUUAGUCACAAUUUAUGUUCCUAACACUAGCUUAAUGAUAACUAAGUUAUUUUACUAAAUUCUUUGUUAUAUUUAAAAUUAAUUGAAAGAAACACAGAGCAUCUCAACAGAAAUAUAGUAACAAAAGGGUUAAAAUAUAUAAUAGAGAAACAGUUCUUAACCCUUUUGAAACCAACCUGGUUGAAACCACCUCUGGCUCUGCAGUACAAAUAUCCUGUUUUCAUAAGAUUUGAAUUAAAAUCUUCCACUAAACCUUAGUCACAAUUUAUGUUCCUAACACUAACUUAAUGAUAAUGAAGUUAUUUUACUAAAUUCUUUGUUAUAUUGAAAAUGAAUUGAAAGAAACACAGAGCAUCUCAAUAGAAAUAUAGUAACAAAAGGGUUAAACCCUCUAAGGGAUAGAUAUAUUCAGAGGCACUCCUAGUAAUUACCUCAGUAAGUAUGGUCCUUGUUAUAAGGUAUAUGGCAGCAGGUAAUUUAAAAGGUAAACCGUAGUUUAAUGUAUAUAUAGAUGAUAAGAAAAUGGAGGAAAAAAUAACAAUGAGAAGUUGGUCUUUGAUGCUAAAAGACCAUUAUUUAAUUAGUUAAGAAAGGUGACAUUUUCUACCUCACACCAUCUUCCUCUUACAAUGAUUGUUUGUCCUUUAUUUUUUACAAAACAUUCCUUAUUUAUUAUGAAUUAUUAUAAGUUGUUAUCAUCAUCAAUAAGGCGGUGAACUAGCAGAAUCGUCAGUACGGCAGACAAAAUCUGUUGCUAUGUUCCGAGUUCCAAUACCACCAAGGUCAACUUGGUCUUUCAUCUUUUCAGGGUCAAUAAAUUAAGUACUAAUGAAACAUUGGGGGUUGGUGUAAUCAACUAUACCCUUCCCCCAAAAUUUCAGGCCAAAGGAUUAUUAUUAUUAUUAUUAUUAUUAUUAUUAUUAUUAUUACUAUUACUAUUAUUAUUAUUAUUAUUAUUAUUAUUAUUAUUACUACUACUACUACUACUACUACUACUACCACUACUACUACUACUACUAUUAAGGUGGCAAGAUGGCGGAAUCAUUAGCACGCCAGGUGAAUGCUAAUUGGCAUUUCUUCCAUCUUUACGUUCCGAGUUCAAAUUCCUCCAAAGUUAACUUUGCCUUUCAUCCUUUGGGGUCAAUAAAUUAGGUACCAGUCAAGAACUGGGAUCAAUGUGAUCGACUACCCACCUCUCCACAAAUUCCAGGCUUUGUGCCUAUAGGGCUUUCCUAUAAGUAGGAUAUCUCCCUUGGCUAGGUGGCGCUCCAUGUAGAUAAUUAAACUUCCGGAGGCUACCCACGCCAUUGUUAUUGUUUUACGUCUUAUCAUGGAUGUAAAGCAGCUUGAUGAUUCAGCUAUCGAAGUACUUACUGUGCCUGAGUUAAAGAAAUAUUUAAGAUUAUAUGGACAGUAUGUUACUGGAAGAAAGGCGGACUUGACUGAAAGGUUGAAAGGAAUAAAAAUUCUGUCGAUGAAGAAUGUCAACAAAGUAAAUUCAUCGGACGAUAAGUCUGAAGUAUCGGACGAUACUUCAGACAGGAAUAAGCAGAAGCUUAUAUCUCCUCUCGGUGAAGUAUUGCCUGAUCUAAAGAUCUUUGUAAGUUGCCGAAUUUCACAGAUAAUGACAUAAUUACCUCGUGCUACGGAUGAAAGCAAAGCAACAGUUAAGGAGUGGCAUAUUUUACCACGACAGACACGUACACAGCAUCGAAUACCAUGAUGUGAGUGAAAGCUGCCCUCACUGUAUUGUCCGGUGUCUGGUAAUCCCUUCGAUACCGACAUCAAACCAAAUUAGAAUCCUGACCACAGAGUGUGGGUAAUUGUGUCAAAGGUCACUGGCAAUGUGCAUUCAGCUGAUUGCAACUGUUAAAGCAAGUCACUGAGCAUGCGUACAUGUCAUACGGGAGAGUUCCAAUCAGGGGUGGAUAACACCUUAUAGGAAAGCCCUAUAUUAGAGGGGAUUAUUAUUAUUAUUAUUAUUAUUAUUAUUAUUAUGGUGGUGAACAGGCAGAAACGUUAGCACACCAGGCAAAAUGCUUAGUGACAUUUCGUCCAUCUUUGAGUUCUGGGUUCAAAUUCCAUCGAGGUCGGUUUUACCUUUCAUCUUUUGGGGGUUGAUAAAUUAAGUACCAGUCAAGAACUGGGGGUUGGUAUAAUCAGCUUAUCCCCCUCCCAUAAAACUACUGGCCCUGUGCCAAAAUUAUUAUUUUUAUAUAAUUCUUAUUUAUUGAUUUAUUACUAUUUAUUUAUUAAUGUUAGUUAAUUAGCCUUCGAUUCAUUCACUGCUGAAGACUUGGUCUUCAGACCUAUUUCUAACACCUCCCUGUCAACAAUAUCUCUGUUCUCCUCCCUCAUCCCACCACAGCUGCCAUCUACUACGAGCUCUCACAAGUCAUUUCCACACCACCACCACCACCACCACCACCACCACUACAUUCAUUGCAACCAUCACCAUACACCACCACCACAUACAACAUCACUACCACCAAUACCAUACCAUCACUAUAACUAUCAUCACCACCAUCAUCAUUGCAACUACACCAUUGAAAUUCAUCUCUGCCACAUCAGUGCCUGAGUGUGGACGAGAAGAUAUUGCAGGUCGACGGCCAUCUUUGUCUAUUGUAACAUGCUAUGUGACAGAUUAAAUGAUUUGAAAUGAAUAAAAAAAUAAAAAUAAAAGAGAGAGAGAAAGAGAUGUAGAAGAAA